AUGGCAGAUUUUUCAGUGAAUUCUUUGUCUCAGGAUAGUGUGGUCCAAUUCAUCACCAUCCUCUUGCCUGAACGGCAUCAGCGCCGAGCCGUCUCUGACGCAGGUGUGCAGACAGAAGUGCCCAAGAGUCCCUCAGGUGUGCUAAAGCCUCUAAAGCCUCCAGUUGGAAAGUUCGGGGACAUCGGUCAGGCUGGCUACAUUCGAACGCCGCCACAUAGCGGGUCCGGCGAGUCGGCAGAUACCGCAGACAACAAGGAGGCGAGCGAGUCCACGCCCUGCAGCGAAACAGAUGUUCACAGUCAUGGUGGACGACGCGUUGCCUCCGCGACCUCAUCCCCUCCACCCGAAUCGGCAGGAAUGUGCGAACUGACCCGCGGUGCGUCUCUCUCCACCUUCGAACAGCUGGCCGACAACGCCGAAAAGUUAUGGCUACGGCAAGAGAUGGAGGCCCGUCAUCUGAACACCCCAGUGGUCAUCGUGUCCUCGGAAUUGAACCCUUGGUCCAAGACAGGUGGCCUUGCGAUGGUGGUUGGAAGCUAUGCCUACGAGUUUGCAGUGCGAGGACAUCGCACCAUGGCCAUUUCGCCGCGCUAUGGUGACUACCAAAACUGUCAACGUGUUGGAGCCACCAAGGAGACGGGGACGAAGAAACCGAAGAAAACGAUGGAAAUCCGCAUCAGGACUUUGGCAAUGGACGUGGAUGCGAUUACAUCUUCGUGGACCAUGAUUGUCCCGCGUGCCAAGAGCAGAGUGCUGUUGAUGCGAAGUUUCCAUCGACCACAGGGUCUCUACGGCGAUCCAUCGAGUGGAGAGUACUCGGACCGUGGGUUGGUUGGCUCGGACAACUGCUUUCGCUUUUCGUUGCUUUGCAUCGCCGCUGCUGAAGCUCCACUCGUACUCAAUUUGGGCGGCUCGGUCUAUGGUGAAGAGGUUUGCUUCAUUGCCAAUGACUGGCAAACUGGAAUGCUACCUGUCUACUUAAACUACAAGUACAAGCGGAACCGGACCUACCACAAGGCACGAUGCAUGAUGGUCCUCCACAACAUGGGCUAUCAGGGCAAGUACAGGAUGAGUUCCUUCCCCGUGGACAGGUUCUUCGGCCUUCCCUACGAAGCCGUGCAGGAUUUGCAGGGAGAAGACCUGAACUUCGGGCAGGACUGCGUCAACCUCCUUGGGGCGGGCGUCCGACGGGCCGACCGCGUGCUGACAGUGUCGCCCAACUAUGCUUUCGAAAUUCAGACGCCGGAAGAGCUGGCUCCCUACUCAGCUGUCAACAUGGUGAGAUGGAAGCUGUACCUUUGCGGUCAGAUGCUGCCGUUUACUUUGCUGGUUGCAACUGCAACCAGGUUACCUUCCGAGUGGAUCCAAUGUCAAAUCCACGGAAAGCAUGGCCACAACGUCACGAAGUGCACACGUCCCAUCCCCGCCAGAGAACAGACGCCGCAGCUGGGUCCUUUCACAGGUGUGGCGAAGACGGUGAACGACGUGGUGGCCACAUCUGGACCGUUGUGGCCCUACCUGGUGCUCUUCAUCCAGGUAAUUGAUCACGAAUUGGAGGAAUUGCCAAAAGGUUCCAAGAGGUGGAUCAUGGGCAUCUUCGUCAUUGUGACGCUGCUGAGAAUGCUGUGCUUCUAUCUCAUGAGACCGUAUCAUCUCUAUAUUUCCGAUCACAUUGUCCUGGUGACAUCAAUGCUGGCACAACUCCAGAUUUCGCAAACCAUUGGGACUGGGCCCGGCUGCAGCUAUUGGUUAUCCUGGGCCAUCAUCGUUCCAUGUCUCUUUGAGGCCUUUAUCACAGCCUGGUUCUAUCACACGAAGCAAGCUUCCUGGACCGGCUUGCUAGUAGGUGGCCAUGGCCUCCAUACAGAUCUCAGAGAGAAGGCUUCCAAGGGACGAGUCAUGGGAAUACUGAACGGCAUCUCGGAUGAGUGGAACCCUUCCACGGAUCCACACAUUGUGAUGAGAUAUGAAAGGGAUAACUUUGAAGAAGGCAAGCGCUGCUGCAAGGCUGAACUCCAGCGUCAGUUGGGACUCACGGAGGACCCUAAGUUGUGCCUCAUUGGCUUCUGCGGUCGGCUCUGCUACCAGAAGGGCAUCCAUUUGAUCCUGGAAUGCCUACCGUGGCUCAUGAGGAAUGAGGGCAAUGGGGUGAACGGCUUCGUUCAAGUGGCGAUGAUGGGCAAAGGCGAAUUGAAGUAUGAAAGAGAGCUGAGGAAAGCCGAGGAGCAAUAUCCUGGACGUGUUUGCGCGUUCGUCGGGUUUGAUCCGAUCAUCGAGCAUCGCAUGAUGGCGGGCUGCGAUAUCUUGCUCAUGCCCUCGCAGUGCUCCAUGAUAUGUUGA